AUGAAUAGUACAGAUUCGAAAAUCUCUUCAUUGUGUAUGAAAUCAAGUUAUAGCUGAGAUCUUCAAGUUUUUUUUUUAUUUCUUUGUCUCUCGAAGUUUAUUUUUUGAGAAGAAAAGUGAUCAUAUAUGAUUUGAGUGUACGUCCAUAUACAUAAUAUAAAUAUAUAUAAAAGAAUCUCAAAUAACAGAAAAGAAAAGUUAAGGUGACCACAAAAGUACACAUAGAGGAGAGGCUUUAUGAAGAAUUCUUAUUAAUAUACAAACAUCACACAGCUAAAAUAUAAAGUUUUGUUCUUCCUCUCUGCAUAUAUUGGAACUUAAGAAUAUAACAACAAUAAUAAUAAAAAUAAAAAUCUUAAUAAUUUUAAAAUCAAAUAUUUAAAUAAAAAAGAUGUUCUCGUCAUCAGCAUUCAAAGAGUUGUCGCAGAACAACAUCAGUUUGUAUCAACAACAAACGAUAUACGAUUUAAACUCACUCCUCGUUGAUCCGUCGUCAUCAACAUACGGCAUUGAUAACUUUGAUUUGUCACUUCUCGGAAGUGAUUAUCAUCAGUUUGAUAACUAUCAGCAGUUAAAGUUUGAUGAUAUAAAUGUGUCAUCAGAUGUUGAGAGAAAUAAUCUAGCAUUGUCAAUUGAAAUUGAUAACAAUAAUAGUUAUCAGUCCCCCGCAUACCCCACGCCAAUUACUCAAUUGAAGCAAGAAGAUACGCUUGAUUGGAAACAGCACUCAUAUUAUUUAAACUCGACAUCAUUAAUAUCACCAAUCAGUCCCGCAACAACCAUCUACAGUUCACCAUCACCUUGUCCGACAUUUGAUCAAGUCAUUAAGCAGGAGAAUCAUAUUAAUUUACCACCAUCACCACCAGACUCAAAUGGUGUUCCUUCUCCACAGAGCAUCCAUCAUUGUGAAAACUUCAAAAUUGAGCAGUUUGACGAUUCCUACCAAACGGCUUUAAGCCCAUCGACUGGUGAGAACUUUAUCGAUAUCAAUUACUAUUUGGAGAAUCGUGAUCAGAAGCCACAACAAGAUCAUCAAGUUCUUCGUGGAUUCUUACAAGAUACAACAUUUCAACGUAAACAUAACCUCAAACCGCUUCCACUGGAGAAUCUUUUUGGUGGAUUGAGUCAACGCGGCGAUAUUGAGCCCGUAAUUUCGCUCGCACUUCAACAUGCCAAACUCGAGGUCCAAGCUACGUGCAAUGCAUUGAAAAUUUCACCAAAUCCACAUGAAUGGACAGAAUCACAAGUUCAAUUGUGGAUUAACUCGACAAUCAAACAAUUCAAAUUGGAUUCAUUACCAAAGUGCGAAAUUCUAUUUCCAGAAAAUGGACAAAUGUUGGCAAUGUUAAGUGACGAGGAAUUUAUCAAACGUGCACCCCAAAUUGGAAGUAUAUUGCAUGCGCAACUUGAAAUUUGGAAGGCAACAUAUGUCGACAUAUCAUCUAUCGAUAACGGUAAUUCAUUGACGUCAGUCGCUGGCCCAUCAUCAGCUGUACCAACAAUGAGCAAUUCCUUAUCGCAGACGUCAAUUUGGAACCAGAUGUUGCAUGACGAAACUGAUGUUAGCGAUGAUGAUGAUUCAGAAGUUGGUAUGGAGAUUGACAUGCAGUCAUCACCGAUAAAUAAAUCUGAAGCAGACAUGACAGAAACUCCAGUUGUAAAAACACCAACAACUAAACCGGCAAAAACGCCAAAGAAGCAUCAUACACACUUACAAAAGAAAGGCAGUGGCACUACAUCAUCCCACAUACAUUUAUGGCAAUUCUUAAAAGAAUUAUUGGCAUCACCGCAGACACAUGGAACGGCAAUUCGUUGGUUGGACAGAACUAAAGGUAUCUUCAAGAUUGAGGACUCCGUUAGGGUCGCUCGCCUUUGGGGUACAAGAAAAAAUCGUCCAGCCAUGAAUUACGAUAAACUUUCACGAUCAAUUCGACAAUAUUACAAAAAAGGUAUCAUGAAGAAAACAGAGCGAUCGCAACGUUUAGUUUACCAAUUUUGCCAUCCAUAUUCUUUAUAAUUUAUUCAAUUUUCAUUUUUGUAAUGUUGCCAAUUAGUUUAGUAAGAUUUUUUUUAAUUUAAUUUCUCUCACACUCCAUUUCAGUUUGUAAGUUAGGCAUAUGUGCGCGCGUGAUUGAAUGAUUGAGAUUAUCGAUUAAGUUCAAAUUUCAUUUGUCGCUAAGACUAAUAUAUAAUUUCCCCCUCGAGAGAUCUCAUGAUCUUUCACACAUGUAUUUAUUCAUCUCUCUUCUAUUUCUCGUGCAGAAAUUAGACUUGUAUUGUUUAACAACUAAUUAUAUAGCGAUCGUCAAUCGGCAUUAGUAUGAUGUCAUUGUCGAUAAUUAGUUUCGUAUGUUCUUUUUAUAAUCGUAACCCGUACAUGCUUAGAAGUUAGCUAUUAUUAUUAUUAUUAUUAUUAUCGUUCUUGAGAAGGUAAUUUCUCAAAGAAAAUAUUCAAAAAAAAAAUGGAAAAUUUCCUCACUUUCAACGUAAAUGAAAGACGAAUUUUUCAAGCUACGAAGAAGCAAACAUUAACAUCAAGAAUAUAAAGCAACGAGAGCAAUAAGAGAAUCAGACGGUUCUUAAUAUUGUUUAAAGUUACCGAGCUUAGUAGACAGCCAUUUAUAUUUUGCCACAUUCGCAAGUGUUUCUCUUGUGUUCCUUUUUUAUAUUUUAUCGUCGACUCUUAUGUUGGUCUCUAGAAUGCGGAUACGCACGAGAAUAUUUUUUUUCAAUAUAUUAUUAUUAUUAAUAUUGUUUUCGUCCAAAACUUUUGCUAGUUUUUUUCGAUAAAGAUGAAGAAACAAAAAAAACUCGUUUGUGCCCCGUGCGCUCACUCGAUCAACAUUGACGGGCGAUAAAAAAAAUAUAAUAUUAAGGAAAUGAAACACGACACGAAGGCAAUAUAGAAUGUGUAUCGAAACGUAUCGGUAAUAUUUUGUCCCAUAUAUCUAUGAUAUAUUUUUAUCAAAGUAAGUUCUAUGAACAAAUUAAUUUGUAAUUGAAAGAAAAAAAUAUUAAUGUUUAAGGUUUUAUAAUUGCAUGCAAAUAAGAUUUUUAUUAUUUUAUUAUUUUUAAUUUUUUUUUUUCACUUAAAUUUCAUUUUAAAAUUGCUCCAAUCAGGACUAGGUUUUCUCGAUUAAGGUUUUUUGAAAGUUAAAAAUUGGUUUUUGAAAAUUUAAAAAUUUGUUUUGAAAAUUAAGAUUUGAUUUUUGAAAGUUAAGAAUUGAUUU